AGCGAGGGGCGGCUCCGCUGCGUGCGCUUCCGGUGAAGCCAGUGGGUCGGUGUUUGUGGCGCUGCUGGCGGCUUGUCUUGGAGUCUCGUGGGGGAAGAUGUUCUACCACAUCUCCCUGGAGCACGAGAUCCUGCUGCACCCGCGCUACUUUGGCCCUAACUUGCUCAACACGGUGAAGCAGAAGCUCUUCACCGAGGUGGAGGGGACUUGCACUGGCAAGUAUGGCUUCGUCAUCGCUGUCACCACCAUAGACAACAUCGGCGCAGGCGUGAUUCAGCCAGGCCGAGGCUUUGUGCUUUAUCCUGUUAAGUACAAGGCCAUUGUUUUCCGGCCCUUUAAAGGUGAGGUCGUGGAUGCAGUUGUCACUCAGGUCAACAAGGUUGGACUCUUCACAGAAAUUGGGCCAAUGUCUUGCUUCAUCUCUCGACACUCUAUCCCAUCAGAGAUGGAGUUUGAUCCCAAUUCCAACCCACCAUGCUACAAGACAAUGGAUGAGGACAUUGUGAUUCAGCAGGAUGAUGAGAUCCGCCUGAAGAUUGUGGGGACCCGUGUGGACAAGAAUGACAUUUUUGCUAUUGGCUCCCUGAUGGACGAUUACCUGGGGCUAGUGAGCUGAGCAUAAGAGCCUCGCACCUUAUUUGGUCGUCAUCUUAAGAGUAUGCCUGUCACAAGUCCCAUUUUGCACAGAGGCCCAGUCCGGUCGCUGUUGGGGAGGCAAGGAAGGUUCCUUGUCCUCAGAAGACAUCUGGUGCUUCUGGCUGAGCUGCUGCUUCCAGACUUUUGACUGUGUUGUCAGCAUAAAAGUUGUUGGUUCUCUUGAAA